GUUUGAAAAUUAUGACAACAAAAAUCGCGUAUUUCGGCUGGCAGUUUUGGUUUUUGCGAAGAAGCUCUUGUGUGGUGUAAUACUUUAAAUUUUAAACAUUUUCUGGAUAAAUUUGCAAAGUAGUACACAAACAUGGCUAUUUCUCAAACAGCUCUACGAAGCCAACUUGCCGCUCUUACAAAUUUCUCCGGAAUCCACAAGGAACAAGCAGACAAAUAUCGGAGUCUCUUGGACCAAAUUUUACUUAACACUGGCAAUGAAUUGGUGGACACCCUCAAGCUAUUUAUUGAAGCAAUUGUGAAUGAACAUGUCAGUUUGGUGAUUUCCCGACAAAUACUGUCCGAUGUCAGUACCCACCUGGCAAAACUGUCGGACGACAUAUCAAAGGCGGUGUCACAUUUUACGCUGGACAAAGUACAGCCUCGUGUGAUUUCAUUCGAGGAACAAGUGGCUUGCAUUAGGCAACAUCUGGCCGGGAUUUACGAACGUAACCAGAACUGGAAAGAGGCUGCUAACGUACUAGGUGGCAUCCCGCUGGAGACCGGUCAGAAGCCCUACUCAUUGGAUUACAAAUUAGAAACGUAUCUCAAAAUUGCACGUCUCUACUUGGAAGAUGAAGACCCGGUACAGGCGGAGGCCUUCAUCAAUCGUGCUUCUAUUCUUCAAGCGGAUACAAAGGAUGAAAAGCUCCAAAUUCUCUACAAAGUCUGCUACGCCCGUGUCUUGGACUAUCGCCGAAAAUUCAUUGAAGCUGCCCAACGGUACAAUGAAUUGUCCUACCGUACGAUCGUCGACGAAGGCGAACGUAUGACCGCACUGAAGAAGGCCCUUAUCUGCACGGUUUUGGCGUCAGCUGGCCAACAGAGAUCCCGUAUGUUGGCUACACUGUUCAAAGAUGAACGCUGCCAACAUCUUCCGGCUUACUCAAUUUUGGAGAAAAUGUACUUGGACCGCAUCAUCCGUCGGUCGGAGUUGCAAGACUUUGAAGCAUUGCUACAAGCCCACCAGAAAGCCAGCACCCUGGACGGUUCCACUAUAUUGGAUCGGGCUGUUUUCGAACAUAAUCUGCUAUCCGCCAGUAAGUUGUAUAACAACAUCACGUUCGAUGAGCUGGGUUCCUUGUUGGAAAUUCCUCCGAACAAAGCCGAACGCAUUGCCAGUCAAAUGAUAACCGAGGGUCGUAUGAAUGGGUACAUUGAUCAAAUCGAUGGAGUGGUUCAUUUUGAGACUCGUGAAAUUCUACCACAGUGGGACAAGCAAAUACAAAGCUUGUGUUAUCAGGUGAAUGGCUUAAUUGAGAAAAUCAGCGCAGCCGAACCCGAGUGGAUCACGAAGAUUAUGGAUGAAGAAAUGUGCACUUAAGAAGUAUCAGAGUUGAACAAAUAUAUGGCUUUGAAGGUUUAAGAGUUAUCUUCAAGGCUUUGACAAAAUAAUAAUCUGGACAGUAAACUGUAGGAAAUAUAUAUACAUCUUUCUGAUUA